UAAGGCUAACUAGCUUCAUAGACUUAAAGACCAGCAAAAACAUAAUGGCUAAAAUUAUCUAUGGAUUUCUUCUCAUAUUUGCCAUGACUUAUGUCAUUCAACUUGUCACUGCGGGCGGUGAAGGAUCACUUACUCCCGAUCAAUGCCCUGGUGCAUGCGAUGUUCGUUGCUCAGCCACUCAAUACAAGAAGGCUUGUUUGACCUACUGUAACUUAUGUUGUAAUAAAUGUUUAUGUGUCCCAUCAGGAACAUAUGGUCAUAAGGAAGAAUGUCCAUGCUACAAUAACUGGAAGACCCAAGAAGGAGGACCAAAGUGCCCAUAAUUCAAGUUUAUUUGUGGUUAUAUAUUGUUGGUCAUGCAAGUGGCAUUUUCCUAAUUAGUUUAAAUAAAUGUUGUUUGAUUUUGCUCGUUUUAUUUAUCUACAACAAUGAUAUGUUCGCACUUCAUUUUUUAUG